UUCCUACAUUUUAGGGAACUUCUAAAUCUUCUAAUGGCUGCCGAAGUCCAUCCACAAAACAGCUGAUGUGCGUCUUUUGCUUUUUAAAUAAAGUUAUUGUGUGUUCCCUUGUUUGUGACUCUAUUUUUUAAAUUAGAUGGUCCGGUGUUUGUGUUUAUAUUGUAUGCGACGUACAGGAUGUCACUGACCAUACAACAAAUAAUUUUGGAUGCAAAAAGACUUGCUGGUCGGCUUAAGGAGCGGGAGACUGAAGCGGAUGCGUUGCUGACUGAAACUCAAACAGCAUAUAGACAAAUAAGCACGAUGAAACAGUACAAGGAAGAAGUGGACACACUUAAUGAGGCAUCCAGAGAGAGACCUAGAGGGGAGUUAAUUGCUAGUAUAGAAAGAGAAUCUCGAAUAAUGAGGGAGGUCCAGAGGGAAAAUGUUGAACUAAGAGCUGCACUUGAGGAUCACAGAAGAGCUCUUGAGUUAAUAAUGUCAAAAUACAGGCAACAUACAGAAAAGAGAAUAUGGGAGUCUCGGAUAGAUUUUACAUCAGCAAUCAAUGAGAAACAGCAAGAACUUAUCCGCCAGCAAGCAGAGCGAAUUAAUGAAAUGACCAGUAUCAUGUAUAAAGCAGUGAACAUGGAUGCUCAUGGUGAUACUAGGAGAGAAGAAGAACUAUACCAAAGGCUUAUUACAGAGAAUAAGGGUCUACGAGAAAUGCUUGAUAUAUCACGGCGUUAUGGUUCAGACAAGUCGUACCCUUCUAUGGAGGACAAAGAUGUUCAGACAGAUGGGCCACCACUACCUGGAGCGUGACGACCUGCUAAUGACCUGUGCCGCCUCUAAAUAAAUAAUGCACCUUUCCAAACAUUCUCUUGUGACAUAACUUUACAUUCGUGUGAGUCUAUUCCAUUUCCAUGCUCAUCUAAAUCUUAUGUUAUUUGUGUCCUAAAAAUUAUUAUGUAAAUUUCAUAACAGUUAAUUUCAAGUAUAUAAGAUUGGCAUGGCCACUUCAUAAAAUAUGUGUGAGAAUAAAUUACUUGACUUGACUAGAUCAUUUACUGUGAUCAAGUAUAAUUCUUGAAAAAUUCUUAAUUUGUACUUCUAACAUUGUUUGAGUAAUCCUAAUUAGUGACAUCAUUGUUAUUAUGAGAUUAUUUACAUAAACUUUAAAUUUUCAGUCCAUCAAAUUUUAUUUUAUGAUUAUUAAUGUUUACUUGAUUAACACCCUUUAAUUAUAUUUUCAAUCAGUUAAGUGUGUAAAAUAGAAGUGUUUAACACAUUAAAUCAGGAAAGCAUUGAAAAUACCAGUUGAUAUUUGAGGGGUUUUAACAACACUCUAUAUCAAGUUAAGACCACAAUUUUGUAAACUAUUUUUGAUAAUAAUUUCAAAUGUGUUAAAGUUACUUCCUGAAAAUUGGUGAAGGAUGACAUUGUAUUGUAUAUUGCAUUGCUUAACGCGUUUCUAGUUGAAGGAUCUGUGAUGGUUAAUUUAGUAUGAAAUUAUUCAUGUUAUGUUGCUGUUAAUAUGACUACCCAAUUUACAGGAAGUUUUAACGAUAAUUUUAAAGCAGUAAAUGUUAAGAAAUUUUCGAAUUUUUGGAUAAAUAUUGAAGUGAAUGUAAUGUUGUUUUACUUUUAAAUUACAAUAAUUGUCAUAGAUGUAGCCUGUCAACCAUUUUCUGCUUGAAUGUGUGAAACUUAUGGCAUUACUGUGAUCUUUAGAAUCUACUUAAUGUUUAUUAAUAUUCUAUGAGUACCAUGUGGGCUAUGGCUACAAAGACCUACCUGUUUUUCUAUUUUUCUUAGUUUUAUUGUUAUACAUAAUUUUGACUAAAACAACUAAGGUUUUUUACUUAAUAAUAUAACAUUUGAAUAAGUUUGUACUUCUAUAGUUUAAAUUUCUGUUGUGAAGUUUCAUUAUACAGACGGUUUGCAGAAGCAGAGUAAGAAUUGUGAGCAGAAAAGCCAUUGAUAAUUUUUUAUAAAAAUUUUAACUGUUUGUGUAUGUGCAAAAAUGAUCUACAAGCUAUUAAAAUAUACUUAGCAAAUUACCAUGUAUUAGAUGUAAUGUGCUAUUUAGACAAUAUGAUACUUAUUAAAUUGUAAAAUUUUAUUGCAAAAAUUAACUCCCAACUCUUUUCUUCUGUUCAGUAGAUAUUUCAAUAUAGACUAUUCCUAUUGUAGAUGGUUAUCAAAUGUAAUGUAGUUGUAACAAAUGUAGCAAAUAAGGUUAAGAUAGUUUUUAGCCACAUAAGCAGUGCUGGUUCGACAUUCAAGUAGAGGCACAAAGCAAGCAAUAUCAAUUUUUUUUUCUUAAAACAUCAAAUGAUCGUUUUUAUAAAACUAAAAGUUAGAAUCGUACAAAGCACAAUUUUAUAUAGCAUUGAUUAGAUUUCAAUAAUCGUACCUGGAUCUAUGGAACAAUGUGGGCACAAUUAAAAGAUUUUGCAAACUCAUAAUCUCGUAAAUACCCCCGAACUAAAACCCUUUCUAAGAAAAUUUUAGGCAAUUAAUAAACUUAAACAGAACUUAUGGAUAACAGUAUUUUCAAGAUUGUUAGUAUUUUUCAAUACUUCAAUUUAGACGUGCCAACUGAUGUAUAACUUUCUAAAUGGUAUUAUUGUAAAAAAUAUAUUAAGCUCACUCUAUAUAAUUCUGAUUUAUUAUAUAUAAAUCAUCACAUUGCCCAAAAUAAUAAAUAAAAUAUAUUAUUUGAUCUUCCCAUUGAUCAAUAGUAAAGUAUACUCUGGUGUAUAAAUCUGUUGAUUUUUUAGGCUAACAAAAUUUACUAAAGUAUUGUAAGAUAAAUUAGUUAUAAUGAAACACUUGAUGCGAUAUUUUUUCAUAUUACAGCUUUGGAUGUUAGUUGCCUAGGGUUAGUGGUUAAAGUAGUUUCUUUGUAGUUGGUAAAAAAUAUGCUAGAAAAAGCAAGCAAUAUAAUGUGGACUGCAUAACAUAAAAAUUAGUCAAACUUGCUUGAUAAGCCGUCCUCACUGGAAGUCGGUACUUUCAUAUACAUAAUAUUAUGAAAUUAAGGAAAUUCUUCAAUGUUUUAAUGACUAUGAGCCAUAUUAAGGCUGUAUCCUACAAAUAAUUGUAUUUCAUACUCUGAAUGAACCCAUUAAAUGCCAUGUGGUCAUAAAAAUGUAUCAAACCCUGGAGUAAAUGCUUACUUGAGUUUCUCCAA